CCAUGAUCUAGCGGUUAUGAUGUUGGACUCUGAAUCCAAAUGCCCGAGUUCAAUUCUCGGUGGGACCUCAUCAGUCCCCCAGGCACCCGAUCAUGUCGAGUAGCAUCGGCAUACCCAACCGCGUUCAUUCUUUUGUUCACUAGCUUCUCUGAAAGUAGUAAUACCUCCUCCCUUUUUGUUCCUGAAAGACCAGCUAGUGCAGUGGCGCCCUUUUCUUCCUUUCAAUCUCAAUUGCUGCUUCCUCACUCGUCUCACUGAAUGCUUCUGAUUCCAGGGAUCCUAGCAAGGCCACAGCUAAUUGAGAGGCGAUCAAUGCCACCUGUUCUGCUGGCCUGUGCUUUGUAGCUGACAGUGAAGUGUCAGCUUUUCUUAGUUCAGUUGAAUGAGGGGGGCAGCUACGAGUCUGCUAUCUCUGAAACGGCUGCUCUCACAAUGGCGGAGGUGCGGCCACUGGUCAAUGUUGUGCGGCUGAGGGGGUACUCAAUUUUCAGGAUGCUGCAGCUGGAAGAAGCGCUGCUGCGCACAGAUGACCGGAACUGGCUGUUGCUCAAUGAGGGAACCGAGAAGCCAGCGAUUGUGAUGGGAAUCUCAGGGAAGCCCCCCACUCUGCUGAACAUCCCCCUGGUCCGGAAGGUCGGUAUCCCCGUCAUCAAGCGCUUCACCGGCGGGGGCACUGUGGUGGUGGACAAGGACACCCUCUUUGCAACACUGCUCAUGAAGCAGGAUGACAUGCCGGAUGUCCGCCCGUACCCCCGGGACAUCAUGGCUUUCAUGGAGGCCUUCUACCAGCAUGUGUUUGCGAAGCCUGGCGCAGAGGCGUUUCGAUUGAGGGAGAAUGACUUCGUUUUUGGGAACCGGAAGUUUGGGGGCAACGCUCAGUCCAUCACCAAGCUGCGGUGGCUCCACCACACGUCGUUCCUGUGGGACUACCAGGACCAAAACAUGGACCUGUUACGACAUCCGGAUCGGGCACCAGACUACCGAAAGGGUCGAGCACAUGGCGACUUUCUCUGCAAGUUGAGGGAGCAUUUCGAGACCAAGGGGAAGUUCGACGGUUAUGCCACCUUGCGGUAG